AUGAGCGGUCACAUUAUGCGCGGUCGCUUCCAGCCUCACUGCCCUGAGUUCAGCAUUGACUACUCCACCGCCUGGGCUCCCGAGGUUCGCAUUCCGGUUCUCAUUCUCAUUACCCUCUUCUUGAUGUCGAUGAACCCUACUAUCGCCGAUAUCAUCAAGGGAACUGUCUGGAUGGUUGUCAAGCCUAUUGCCCUCCUCAUUGGCUACGCCUCUGUCGCUGUCAUCCGCAUUCUUAUCUUCAUCUUUAUCGAUGGGCCUAAGAUGAUCACCAUCCUCCUCACCCCCGACAGACGCAACAGUGUCGACUUCCUUGGAAUCGAUGUUGAGAACAAUACCAAGCUCAACGCCAUCUGGAGCCGCCUCCACGCUGAAGAGGAGUGGGUUCCUGGCGGCGUCUUUGACAAGAAGUACAAGCCGUUCCUGCCAGCUCGCAACAUGAAAAUGGCUGGCCCUCGUCAAAAGAAGGUCAUGACCCGCGACCGUGGCCUCUCUUGCUAA